UGCAUUCAGUGCCCAAAAUAUCUUUCUUUUACAUCUAUUGUUUCUCCGUCCCUUAUUUGAGUUUUUCGAUGGCCUCUUCCGAUGCUGAGUACCGGUGCUUCGUCGGUGGCCUUGCCUGGACCACCGACAGCGAUGGCCUCGCCAAAGCCUUCUCUACUUACGGCGAAAUUACCGAUUCCAAGGUUAUUAUGGAUCGCGACACUGGAAGGUCGAGAGGUUUUGGAUUUGUGACUUUUGCUGCGGAGCAAUCUAUGAGAGAUGCGAUUGAAGGGAUGAACGGUCAGGAUGUUGAUGGUCGUAAUAUUACUGUGAAUGAAGCUCAGUCUCGUGGUAGAGGAGGAGGAGGAGGCGGCGGUGGUGGAUAUGGUGGAGGAGGUGGGGGUUAUGGUGGUGGGGGUGGUCGCCGUGAAGGUGGAUACAACAGAAACGGUGGUGGCGGUGGGGGAUAUGGCGGUGGAGGAGGUGGAUAUGGCGGUGGAGGAAAUGGUGGAUAUGGUGGUGGAAGGGAUCGUGGUUAUGGAGGCGGUGGUGGUGAUAGAUAUGGUGGCGGAGGCGGCGGUGGUGAUAGAUAUGGCGCUGGUGGAGGAGGCGGUGGUGAUAGAUAUGGAGGCGGCGGUGGUGGCGGCUACUCUCGUGGUGGCGGCGGUGGCAGUGGUGGAAACUGGAGGGAUUAGGCUAAAGUUUUAUCCGUUUGGGAUUUAGGCUUAUGAAAUUCUCAUAUUGUUUUAGAUGGAUGAUUUAGUUGCUUGGAUAUUAUGUUAUGAUAUUAUGUUAUGGUAUUUGUUUUGUUAUGGUUUAGUGUUCCCGUGUCUCGUUUUUGUACUUCUGAAUCUAGUUGUAUAUAAACGAUCCAUUGAAAUGAUAAACUCCAUCAAUUUUCUUAGUA